UCGGCAUUAAAUUUUGUUAAUUCUUAAAUAUAUUUCUGGUUUGAACAUUUAAUUAAAAAUUUGGUGUACAGCAUUUAAAUAUGUACUUCAUAUGAAUAAUUACGCAACUAUCAAAAAUAUUCCAAGAUAAAUUGGUUCAUAUGUUAAAGAUUGCGCGUAGACCUAAUCAAACAUAGGGAAGCGUCUUCUUCCAGCAUUGCCAGGCAAAAACAAAUUAUGAACUUCCGUGAAAGGAAAUGCAGACCUAACUUGUAACUGUAUAGAAUAAUCCAGUUAUAAAUAUUUUCAAAACGAUACAUUUCUGGCCAUAAUAUGGAAGGCUCAGACUUUGUGGGUCCAUCUUUUCCUUCAGGAGAACGAAUAUCAGCAUCUGAUCUAAAUUCGGAGCAUAUUCUUCAAGCCGAAAAUAAUAGCUUUGCUAAUCGAGUUUCUAUGGAUAUAGAUGUCCCUGAUGAACACCAAAUGGACAGCAAUUUAACCGGGUUUCGAUGGAAGCGCGUUCUUAACCCAACCGGUCCGCAGCCCCGCCCGAGACAUGGACACCGUGCGAUAAAUAUCAAAGAGCUCAUGGUCGUCUUUGGCGGCGGAAACGAAGGAAUUGUUGACGAAUUGCACGUCUAUAAUACUGUUACUAAUCAGUGGUACGUCCCAGUGCUAAAAGGAGAUGUACCGAACGGAUGCGCUGCCUAUGGAUUUGUUGUGGAGGGUACUCGCAUGUUUGUUUUUGGGGGAAUGAUCGAAUACGGAAAAUAUUCAAACGAGCUCUAUGAGCUACAGGCAACUAAAUGGGAAUGGAGAAAAAUGUACCCAGAGUCACCGGACAGUGGGAUGUCACCGUGCCCUCGCUUAGGUCACAGUUUUACAAUGGUUGGUGAAAAAAUAUUUCUUUUUGGCGGACUAGCAAAUGAAUCAGACGACCCAAAAAAUAAUAUUCCAAAAUACUUAAACGACUUGUACAUACUGGAUACUCGAGGAGUUCACAGUCAUAACGGAAAGUGGAUAGUACCUAAAACAUAUGGGGAUAGUCCUCCACCACGAGAGUCACACACAGGCAUUUCGUUUGCUACUAAAAGCAACGGGAAUUUAAAUCUUUUGAUUUAUGGUGGAAUGAGUGGUUGCCGCUUGGGAGAUUUAUGGUUGUUAGAAACAGACUCGAUGACGUGGUCGAAGCCGAGAACUUCAGGGGAGGCGCCGUUACCGCGCUCGUUGCACAGUUCUACAAUGAUUGGCAACAAAAUGUAUGUGUUUGGUGGUUGGGUUCCCUUGGUAAUUAAUGAUUCAAAAUCGACAACAGAGCGUGAAUGGAAAUGUACAAACACUCUUGCAGUCCUUGACUUAGAAACAAUGACAUGGGACAAUGUGACAUUAGACACUGUAGAGGAAAAUGUUCCGCGUGCUCGUGCUGGCCACUGUGCAGUUGGUAUUCAAAGUCGUCUAUAUGUGUGGUCAGGUCGUGAUGGCUACCGCAAAGCGUGGAACAACCAGGUUAGGGUUUGCUGCAAAGACCUGUGGUACUUAGAAGUCUCCAAGCCCCUGUAUGCAGUAAAAGUCGCGCUAGUCCGCGCUUCUACUCACGCCUUGGAGCUCUCGUGGACGGCGACAACUUUUGCAGGCGCCUACGUUUUGCAAAUCCAAAAAAUUGAGCAGCCACUAACUACAAGCUCGAAACCGUCAAGCAACAAUAUUGUUCAACAGGGAACCACGACAUCUGCUGAAACUUCUGGAAUAAAUGUUUCAACAAACAGCUCUGGGAGUGCUUUGGCUCUUGGAGUCGAAGCGACAUCUGCAAUCUUAAAACUAGAAAAGGAAUCUUUGCAACUGACUGGGUGCCAACCAGAAUCAAAUGUUCAAUCAUCUGUAAAUGACUUGUUGCAACCAAUUUCGCCACCUUCAUCGCCAACGUCACGUACUGUUAAGAAGACGCUUUCAUCAAGGGAUGGAACUACCUUUAACCUAUCAACAUCGGUCGCUUCAGUACAGCCUCAAAUAUCUGUAAUCAGUAGUACAGCCGUAGUAACAGGUAACAACACAGCGUCCACAAGUGGCGCCAUUAAUAGUAUAUUGCAACAGUUUCGGCCAGCUGUUACCGCUGUUAGAACGUCCACUACUGCUACGGUAUCAAUUGCUACCAGCACGGCUGACACUUUAUCUGUGCGAGUGCCAAGUACGACGUCGGCAAACGUUGUUCUUAGCUCCUCUAGUAAUGCUUUGCGUAUUGUCCCAAGCGUAUCUGCAUCGCAAUCACUACGCCUAUCUUCUUCUCAAGCGAGUGGCAGCAACUGCCGAAGCAGCUCUGUCAAUGUAUUAAAAACAGCUCUUCCAAGCGUCGCCGUGCAAUCUCAGUCUGCAUUAUCGGCCACAACCUCCAUUGGUGGAAAACAGUACUUCAUUCAAAAGCCGCUCACACUUGCUCCAAAUGUUCAGCUCCAAUUUGUUAAGACCAGUGGUGGAAUGACUGUUCAAACUCUUCCAAAGGUCAACUUUACUGCUUCAAAAGGAACGCCCACACAUGGCAUUUCAAUUACAAACCCACAGUUGGCGUCUGGUACCACCCAAGUUCAGGGAUCGACUUUGCCCGGAAAUCAACUUCAAAAACCCAUUGUGUCUGGAAACGUUCUAAAACUUGUAUCGCCACAUACGAUGGCCAGUGGUAAAUUAAUUAUGAAGAAUUCAAACAUCUUACAGAUGGGCAAGGUAACGCCAAACGUUAUGGGUGGAAAACCAGCAUUUGUCAUAACUAACAAACAAGGUACGCCAUUGGGAAACCAACAGAUCAUUAUUGUAACCACUGGAGGCAGCGUGCGAUCCGUUCCAGCUAGCACGGUUAUGACAAGUGCUGGUGGCUCUGCAUCAGGGACAAAUAUUGUAAGUAUAGUAAGCUCAACGUCGACCACGCCAAGCCCGCUGCAGGCAUUAAGUGGACAAAAAACUUUAAUAUCCAACCAAAGUGGAGUUAAGAUGGUGCGAAAUAUAUCAUCGGUACAAGCAUCAUCUUCAAUGGCUUUUGGGCAAAAACAAAGUAACACUCCCAUUCACCAAAAAACGGCAUUGUAUAUAGGAGGCAAAGCUGUUACUGUUAUGAGCACUAAUGCAAGUAUGGCGGCUUCUGGAAACGUCUCAAAUAAACUUAUGGUAGUAUCAGGAACAAGCUCGAAUAAUUCUCCUUCUACUACAACGGCGUUGAGUGCCAGAAAAAGCUUUGUUUUCAAUGCCGGAGGUAGCCCACGAGCCGUCACUUUAGCUACUAAAAGUGUUAAUGCAAAAUUUAUACAACAAGCACAAUCAGUAACGGAAACUAAUAAUCAUUCAGUCGAAACUUCGAAAGAUACCGAUCCAAUGGAUGAUAUUAUAGAGCAGUUGGAUGGAGCUGGCGAUCUGCUAAAGGUUUCCGAAACUGAAGCUCAGCCUGGAUCAGAGGAGAAUGAUGAUAAUGGUGAAAACGCCACGUGUUCAUCUGCCUCUGGUUCCCUAUGUAUCGGAGGUGAGGAGACAGGGCCAUCGAGAGCUCAAUACCCUACAGUAGCGGAACAGCCGGUUGAUAUUAUUGAAGAUGUCUCCGGUGUGAGCAGCUCAACUGAUGUUAACAGAACUGCAAUCGUAAGUGGUGAUACAAUAGAAUCGCUUAAGAUAUCGGAAAAGGAAAACGGUGAUGUGGAAUCUAAGGGUAAAAAGACACCACCUACCGAUGAUUGUCAUCAGCCGACAACUUCGGAGACGGAGGCGGCCACUAUCCUAACCACAAUUAAGUCUGCUGAGGCUGUAGUGUUGGAAACUACGGAAAUAAGCAAAGACCAUACUGGAUGUUCUAAAGGUAGUUCGAAACAAAAUCAAGAUGAAAAUAAAAAGUUUAAACAGCGGCAAGAAUCUUCACCGUCACAAAAUAUACGCCAAUUCCAAAAUGUCGAUGGUUCACAAUUAGAGGCUCUUGCUUCCGCGGCAUUGCUGCAAGCUGCAACAUCAGACGCCACAGCAUUGGCUUUCAAAGAAUUCAUAGAACGACCGGACAGCGAAACAAAUAGCAAAAGUAGCAACAUUGCUGAGAUUCAACAAAAAAAAGUUCAAUCCACAUUAGCGGUCGUAGUUCCAAACACCGCCCAAAACGAGAACCAAAAAUGGCACACUGUAGGUGUGUUUAAGGACCUUUCGCACACAGUCACCAGCUAUGUUGAUUCGAAUUGUUUUAGUGACUCCCUUCUUGACGGAAUAGAUGUGGAUAAUCUUCCAGAUUUUAGCAAGUUUCCACGCACCAAUUUGGAUCCUGGAACGGCUUAUCGUUUUCGACUCAGUGCUAUUAAUUCUUGUGGACGAGGAGAAUGGGGAGAGAUAUCCAGUUUUAAAACCUGUUUACCGGGCUUUCCGGGUGCCCCCUCAGCUAUUAAAAUUUCAAAGGAUGUCAAGGAGGGCGCUCACUUGACGUGGGAACCACCACCUGCUCAAAAAACUAAGGAGAUAAUUGAAUAUUCAGUAUACCUUGCAGUUAAGCCGACUGCCAAGGAUAAGGCGUUGUCCACUCCGCAAUUGGCUUUUGUGCGGGUUUAUGUCGGUGCGGCAAAUCAAUGCACAGUGCCGAACGCUUCCCUAUCCAAUGCACAUGUGGAUUGCUCAAAUAAACCAGCAAUUAUAUUCCGGAUUGCUGCUCGGAAUCAAAAGGGCUACGGACCUGCCACUCAAGUUAGAUGGCUGCAGGAUCCCGCGGCAACGAAACAGCAAGCUCCCACAGUUACGCCAAAUCUAAAGCGUGGACAAGAAAAAACAACUAUUGGGAGCAGCAACAUAGCAAACACCUUCUGUUCACCACACAAGCGUGGCCGCAACGGAUUGCAUGAUUGACAUACCGAUUAGUAGCAUAUUCACUCAAAUAUACGCAGAGAAAUUAUGGCUUAAAUGUAAAGCUUGUUAUUAGCUUUGACGUUAUUACAGCUUCCAAUAGACUCUACGCUGAAUUCAAAAUGAUUAAAACGAUACUUGAAUAUUAUUAAUUGCGAAUAAUGCUGUUUUAUAAGAGACUACUAAGUAUGUAUGAUGCAUGUACAUUAAGCCAGUUUAGUUUGCUUAAAUGCUGAAAAUAUUAAAUUGAUAUUGACAAUUUUUUGCAAAUUUUGCAUCAAACUGAACAUUUUAUAAUUAAGUUGUAGCAGUGUAAAAUAUGAUAUAUUUACCAUGUAAAAAACGCGAUUGUUUACUGGUAAAUAAAUAAUAUAUAAUAUUUUCCUUAUGUUGAACUCUACGACUCCCAUUUUCAAAAAUACCACUCUAGUGUAAAUGCUAAACUUCGGUAAAAUAAAAAUUAGUUUAAAAAAAAUGUAAUUAUAUCGAAUAAUAAUACUUUUGAAAUAAAAACUAGAGAGAAUUUCAACAGA